CAACAGUGUAAACAAAGGAGCGGGACGCGGUAGAGACAUGUUCCCAGCUUUGGUGCCCGCUGACAGGCUCCUCUUGGCGGCUGUUGGCAUGCUUUUUGUCCGUCUCUGCUGCUCCUCUGUAGCGCCGCAGGACAUCCCUCCAAUCGCGGCUUUCUUUGGCACGAAGACCCGCUACGAGGACGUCAACCCGCACCUGCUGCGGGACGUUUACUCCGUCGACCCGUCCGUCCUCAAGCCUCCGCUUAACGAGCGCUGCUCCCCGGUUCACCUGACCGCUGUUAUCCGCCACGGCACCCGAUUCCCGACCGCCAAGAACAUUCGCCGUAUCCAGAAGUUGAGCGACCUGGUUCGGGCAGAAGCCUCCAGAGGCUCCCCUGGCUCCUGGCGUCGCUGGGACAUGUGGUACAAGGAGGACAUGGACGGUCAGCUGGUGGCGAAGGGCUGGGACGACCUCCGUCAGCUAGCGCGGCGUCUGGCCGUCUUGUUUCCAGACCUGCUGUCGCAGGAGAAUGUGAGAGAGCGGAGAGUGAGCUUCCUGACCAGCUCCAAACACCGCUGUGUGAGCAGUGUCCAGGCGUUUCAGGAAGGUCUGCAGCGGCCAGAAGAUGGCGAUGUGCAGUUCAGCCACCAGGUGGACGAUGAGCUGCUUCGAUUCUUUGAGCGCUGCAGCAGCUACGUGGAAGGCGUCGAGAAGAACCGCACGGCACUGCAGGAAGUGGAGAAGUUCAAACAUGGGGAGGAGAUGGAGGCGGUGAGAAGGAGGGUGGCUGAGAAGCUGGGUCUCCCCCGACACCGCCUCACCCCAGAUCUGGUGGAAGCCGCCUUCUUCCUGUGCUCAUACGAGCUGUCAAUCAAAACCCUGCACUCUCCCUGGUGCUUCCUGUUCCAAGAGGACGACGCCAAGGUGCUGGAGUUCAAGUCAGAUUUGAAGCAGUUUUGGAAACGUUUCCACGGUCAUGUGAUCAACGGCCUGUCCAGCUGCUCGCUCUUCCAUCAUGUCUUCAGGACACUGGACAAGGCAGGACGUCCCCGCAGGUCGACUGACGCUGCACCUGAACCUGCCUCCAUCCUGGUCGGUCACGCCGAGACGCUUCUCCCCCUCCUGUCCCUGCUGGGACUCUUCAAAGACAAGAUUCCGCCCACUGCCAACAACUACCACACCCAGCACGGUCGAAGUUUCCGCAGCAGCCGUAUCGUCCCGUACGCUGCCAACCUUCUUUUUGUCUUGUACGACUGCCAGCGUGGGCCACGCCUGCAGCUGCUUCUCAACGAGUCGCCUGUUCGAUUCCCAGGUCUGGAAUCUGAGGACGCUCCACUGUACCGCGAUGUUCGUGCCACGUUACGCCACCUACUGGACGGCUGCGAUUUCAACAAGGAAUGUGAGGGGAGAGCACCGAGCCGAGCCCCCAACACGGAGCUUUGACAAGUCACGUGAUGCCCUGUGGCUCCGCCCACUCUCAGCAGGGACCUUUUUCUUGCCAAAAACAAACUGAUUCUUCCGUAGUUUUUUUUUUUACAAAAAUGUUUAAUUUAUUAUAUUUAAUUUUCAGUUGUUUGCGUGUGGAGAUUUAGUUUAAUUUAAUGCUGGUGAAACUUUUGCUCCUCUGAUGUUUCUGUGCCUGAAACUUUAAAUCAAAGAUUUGUUGAAUGUUUUAUUUAAAUCGGUGAUGGUUAUUUUACGUUUAAGUGUUUUUUUUCCUUUGAUGCCAAAUAUUUGGAAAUGAAAGAUAUUUAAAAACGUUUUGAGAAACACAUUAGAACUUUCUUGUGGAAUGUAUAAAGGACUUGGGAUAAAACAUUUUUAAAUAAAAAUGAACAGUAUAAAAAGCA